UCCAUCGCUAUACCACUGACCAGUGCGUUGUGUUUACUUUAAUAGUAUAAUAGUGAUUUAAAUCAAGAUGUCUAUAGUACGUCAGAUCGCGGUGUUCCUGUGCGGGUUGGCGGUGUGCGGGGCGCAGAUGGUGUUCCCGGGCUCCUGCCCCGACGUCACCGCCAUGACUGACUUCAACUUGGAGAGGUACCUAGGUAAAUGGUACGAGAACGAGAAAUACUUCGCGGUGUUCGAGCUGGGCGGACGGUGCAUCACAGCGACGUACAGUCUAAGAGACAACGGCGUCGUCAAUGUAGCCAACAAACAGAUCAGCAGCUUUACUGGCAUGAAAUCCGAAAUAAUCGGCGAAGCGACACAAGUCAGCCGGUCGGACGAGGCCAAGCUGUCUGUACGGUUCCCAUCGCUGCCAGUCGCUAUAGACGCGCCAUACUGGGUCGUGGACACCGACUACGACAACUACGCGCUAGUGUGGGGCUGCUUAGACCUGGGGUUCCUGCAUGCUCGUAAUGCCUGGAUUCUCACCCGUGAGAGAAAUCCGCCUCUAUCCACGCUAGAGAACGCGUACGCAGCAGCUGAAAGGAACAACAUUAACAAAUCGUACUUCUUGAGAACUGACCAGAAGAACUGUCCUGAUGAUGAGUAGCAGACAACAGUUAGAAUAAUUAAUAUAAAGUCUAAAGUACGGUUGUACGAAUACGUAGAACUUAUAAUAAACAGUCUCUUUUACACGCAUACGGAUGAUAAGCGAUAGCAAAUUAUUAUCUGGUUGUGGCUGAAAAAGACAU